AUGACACGUCGUUAUGGGCCACUUACUUUAACAAUUAUGCCUACAUCACACGAUGAUACACCGGAUUUUCGUGAAGCGUUUUUAUUAUUCGAUGAUCGUGGUGAUGAACGUAUACCUAAACAAUUAUUUGGUGAAGUAGUUCGUGCUGUUGGUUUAAAUCCAUCUGAAGCAAAUAUCAAAGGUACAAUACAAGGAAUUAAAGGUGACAGAAUAUCAUUUGAAGAAUUUAUACCACUCUAUGAAUCUUUAGCAAAAAAAAAAGAUAAUAUGAAUGAAAAUGAACUAAUUGAAGGUUUGAAAGUAUUUGAUAAAGAACAAAACGGGUUAAUGUCAUCUGCCGAACUUCGACAUUUAUUAACAAAUCUUGGUGAACGUUUAAAUGAUGAUGAAGUUGAACAAUUAUUAGCGGGUGUUGAGGAUAAAAAUGGAAAUGUUAAUUAUGAAGAAUGGAUAAGAAAAUUAUUAAAACAUUAA